AUGACUGCUAGUAUCCCCAAAUUACUCUUCUUACACGGAUUCCUACAAAAUGGGAAGGUCUUCUCCGAGAAAUCCUCAGGUAUUAGAAAAUUAUUGAAAAAGGCAAACGUCCAAUGUGAUUACAUCGAUGGCCCUGUCCAAUUGGAAAGAAAAGACUUACCCUUCCAAAUGGAAGACGACAAAUGGCAAGCUACUUUAGAUGCGCAAGUCAACAAAGCUUGGUUUUAUCACAGUGAAAUUUCUCAUGAACUAGAUCUUUCAGAAUCUAUCAAAUACGUUUCGAGUUAUAUCAAGGAAAACGGACCAUACGAUGGUAUUGUUGGAUUUUCUCAAGGUGCUGCAUUGAGUACUAUUAUCACUAAUAAGAUAACUGAGUUGGUCCCUGGUCAUCCCGAAUUUAAGGUCAGCGUUAUUAUUUCUGGUUACUCCUUCACCGAACCUGAUCCAGAACACAAAGGUGAAUUGAGAAUCACGGAAAAAUAUAAAGAUGCAUUCACUCCAAUGAAGGAUUCCAAGACAAAGAUCAUUUUCAUUUAUGGUACUUCCGAUCAAGCCGUUCCUGCAAAGAGAUCUCAAUAUUUGUAUAACAUUUUCAAUAAGGCGCAAGGUGAAGGAAGUGAUAGAGUUAAAUUCUUUGAACACCCAGGUGGACACAUGGUUCCAAACAAGAAGGACAUCAUUAGACCUGUGGUGGAAGAGAUAACAUCUGCGCUUGUAUAA